AUGUGCCUGGCUGGGUGUACACCCCGCACGGCUGCGGCGCCCGGACGCGGAACGCUCACCAGAGCCCAGCUGCCUCUCUCGGCUCUGGCGCCCGCGACCAUGUUCCAGCCUACAGCCAAACGCGGCUUUACCAUCGAGUCCUUGGUGGCCAAGGACGGUGGCACCAGCGGGAGCACUGGCGGCGGAGGCGCGGGCUCCCAUCCCUUGGCGGCGGCCGCCUCGGAGGAGCCGCUCCGGCCCACGGCACUCAAUUACCCUCACCCCAGCGCGGCCGAGGCGGCAUUCGUGAGCGGUUUCCCCGCUGCCGCCGCCGCCGCGGGCGCCGGCCGCUCGCUCUACGGUGGGCCGGAGCUCGUGUUCCCCGAGGCCAUGAACCAUCCCGCGCUGACCGUGCAUCCUGCGCACCAGCUGGGCGCCUCCCCGCUGCAGCCCCCGCACACCUUCUUCGGCGCUCAGCACCGGGACCCUCUGCACUUCUACCCCUGGGUCCUGCGGAACCGCUUCUUCGGCCACCGCUUCCAGGCGGCGAGCGACGUGCCCCAGGACGGGCUGCUUCUGCACGGCCCCUUCGCGCGCAAGCCCAAGAGGAUCCGCACGGCCUUCUCUCCCUCGCAGCUGCUGCGGCUGGAGCGCGCCUUUGAGAAGAACCACUACGUGGUGGGCGCCGAGCGGAAGCAGCUGGCCGGCAGCCUCAGCCUCUCGGAGACGCAGGUGAAGGUGUGGUUCCAGAACCGGAGGACAAAGUACAAGCGGCAGAAGCUGGAGGAGGAGGGGCCCGAAUCCGAGCAGAAGAAGAAGGGCUCCCACCACAUCAACCGGUGGCGCAUUGCCACCAAGCAGGCAAAUGGGGAGGACAUCGAUGUCACCUCCAAUGACUAG